UUCACUACUUUAUCAACUGCACGAUCAUAUAAAAUUAUUAACAAAGAAUGCUGCUGGUAGAGACUUUUUUGUCUUUCUUCUUCCUUUGAAUUGUGUAAGUUUUGGAAUGCCCAGGGAUGGGCACACUGAAACAAGGAAAUUGUCUUGUGCUCAAUUAUAUGUAAAAUACUGUAGCAAUUAACCACCCGAAGCUAUCAUAACCACCCGAAGCUAUCAUGUUUAUUCUGAGCCCGGAAACUUUGACCAGGCAAAAUAACCUGCCCCAUAACAGGUACAUGGGCUGGGCUUCUCUCUCAGGUUUGUAUAUAAUCAGUGUUAGAACAAGACAGUUAUAUCUGCAUUAUACCAGCAGCUGAUUAUCCUCUAAUAACAGCACAAUGAAGGCUGAUGCUAAUCACAUGAAGACUCUCUAUGAUGCCAAUGGCUUUCUGACAGCAAUAGACGUGUUAGAUACAAAUGAACUGCGCCAAGCCAACAGCGACUAUGGGAGACUGGAGGAAAAGUUUGGCAAGGAGUACACUCAGUACAAUCUGCACAACAUCCACAUGCAGUACGAGUGGGCGAUGAACCUGGCCGUCCAUCCCAAUCUUCUGAGAGCAAUCACCGCUGUGCUGGGCCCCAAUGUCAUUCUCCUGGACUCACGCUUUAUCUGCAAAUAUCCGUCCACUGAUGUCCCACACAAAGACAACACAUCCCCCUACGUUGCCUGGCAUCAGGACAUCAAAUACUGGGGAUUUGAGGGAGGACCAGUGGCUUCUGUGUGGCUGGCACUGGAUGACGUGGACACAGAGAAUGGAGUCCUGCAAAUCAUUCCAGGAACUCACAAACAGGGGGUUCUAGAGCACAGGACUGCAGACAUCCCGGGGAACAUGCUGACAUCAAACCAGGAGAUCCCAAAGCACCUGGUCAAUGUAGAAGAUUUAGUUGAGUGUCCACUCAAAGCUGGACAAAUGUCUGUACAUGAUGGACUGACCGUCCAUGCCAGUGAACCUAACAUGUCCAACAGGAGAAGAUGUGGAUUUGUCAUCCGCUACGUUCCCACCGAAGCUUAUCCUGUUGAGGAUCCAGAACGUCCCCGAACUUUUCCUGCAACUGUACUGGUGGCCGGAACCGAUCAAUAUAACAAUUUCCAAGACCACGCCCCUCAUUUCUUCACCAAGGCAUUUUAAUCUUUUUUUUAAUAUAAUUAGCCAGAUUAUUCCUAUGUCACCUUUUUUUUUAAAUCCUCCUUCCACGAUAAGAAUGCUUCUAUACGUUUCUGAUCUUUUUAUUAAUUGCCAGUUGGAGAAACACAAUCAUCUUAGCAUGUUAUUACAUUAGAACAUAGUAUACUUCUUUGUAGAUGUUCAGUGUUGGAUUAUUUGAGCAUGAAACUAGACGACUGGUUGAUUGGUGUACACAAAUAAAAUAUAGCAAUAUAGUAAUACAUAGCUGUUUAACUGAAAAAACACAGAUAUCUGUAAAACAAAUAUGUACAGUAAUAUAUUAUAAAAAUAUAAGUACAUUUACAAAAUAAAACACAAAAUUACAAUGUACAGUGUUAAAAAGUACAAUGAAAACACUAAUUCAAAUGAACUGUAUGUUUUUUCUGUGUGUACUGUAAAGAGCUCAGGAAAACUCUACAGGGGGUUACACACAGAGCAAUUUUGUUAUUAAUUUCUAACCAAGCUGACUAGAUUGCUUAGAAAAGAAGCAUACAUCUCUCUGUGUGUAUACCCCAUAGCGAUGGCGAUGCGCGGCCCUGCGUGUCACUAUCGCCAGUACUAGAUUGACCUGUAUGCAGGCACAAUCUAGUCAGGUCCAUCACUUCACCGCUGUGUGAAAUGAGCGCCCCUCCGCUCAGCACACAUCACGCUGAUGUGCUGAGUGUGGGGGGAGAGAUGUGUGCUGAGCGGUUCUGUGAUAGAUCGUUCAGCACACAUCUCCACGUGUACCCCCAUACCACCGAGUACUGUAUGAUGAUCAUUUCCUUAAUUCAGUUUUUAACCAUCAUAUUACAGAAUCCUGUCUUCAGGCUGUAUACAGUAGUAUAAACACAUAUGCACUUUAGAAGAGCAAAUACCUUUAAUUUCAUUUUAUACUUAUGUAUAAUUGUAAAUUCUGAUUUUAAAAUACUGUUGUAUAA